ACAUAAUUUUUAGCAAAUUAAAUGUAAGCCCAAUAAGGAAUUAGUGGCACAUCGGGCCUUGUGGAUCUGCCAAUAAGAUCGUCAAGUCUACAACAGAGUUUUAUCCACAUUUCAGCCUCGUCGAUUUUCUGAAUCAAACACCAGCAAAAGGAAAAAGGAAAAAAAGGGGAUGGGAUUCAUAAUGGAAUUUGCGGAGAACUUGAUAUUAAGAUUAAUGGAGGAUCCAAUGGAGAGGGAUAGGAAGUUUAGGGAACAUGUGUAUGCAACGAAGGAGAGGACCAAAAAAACAUUGGAGAUGUGGAGCUAUCCAAUUCGUCCUUAUGGUUUCUGGACAUUUGAUAGGCAUAAUGCUCAGUUAUUUUGGGACCCUCAAAUCAGCCAAGCCCCUGGCCGCCGUGAUCCCUAUGAUGACCUCCUUAACGAUGGUUCCUCCUCCUCCUAAGUGUAGGCAGAAGAGGCUACCAAAGAAGGUUGAGGUUUUUCUACACCAGUCGCUGAUGUAAUAUCUCAUUUCUAUGAAUAUUAUGGCUGGCUAGGGGAUGGAAUAAUUUGUAUGAAUAUUUGUGCUUCAUCUAUGCAGAAACGAAACCUUUUGUAAUAAGGCUUUUGGCAGUUUAUGGUUUUGAACCCAAGUUUGAAGAACCCAAUGUCUCUCUGUGCUGUAUGUCUGUACAGCAUAGGUUGUGUGAUGUAGAAAAUAACUGAAAGAUACUUGUCCUUCAUUAAAUCGUUUAUCAGAACUUAUAGUACAGAUCA